AUGUCGACGAUUGUGCACUCGCUGCGAGACUAUCGUCCGCCGACGCGAGCGCAGCAAUUCGCCUUUGCGUUUGGACUGCCGCCUAAUGAGGGACCGUACGUCGAUGAGGCAGGAAACCGCGCCGAAAUUCUUUCUGCCAUCCUGUCUCUCUCGAAUCCUGAUGCGCCAGGCGUGCGGGAGGAUUUGGUGUAUGCUGGCCGCCUCACGUUGACACCAUCAUUUUUAUGCUAUGUGAGUCAGGGAGACUACGGGCGCGGAUGCCGCGUGGCCAUCCCACUAGCGACGAUCCGCCGUGUCGAGCGCCUCAAUACUCGCGAUGCCGUCUUUGCAUUGAGUGUGUCCGUGUGGCACGGUAUGCAGCUGGUCUUUCAGCUGAAUGCAUUGCGCCCGUCUUGUGAGGGAUUUUGCAAUGCACUGCGUGAUCUUCUGCGUGCACACCUUGGUGACAUGAAACAACUACGACCGUUCUUGGAUACUUGCUACAGCGAGUCGCUGCUGCGUCUCGGUGACGAGGACGCCAAAGGCAAGCAUCGCGAAGACGCCGUGCCGUACGAAAUGGGCCUUGGCGAGACCUUUGGUUUUCCGGGAGAUCCGAAAAAGCUCAAGGACAAGAGCAAAAUGCGGCUCUGGAAGGAGUACCUCGCCACACAUGGCCGAAAUAUCACGUUGCUCCGUUACCCUCAAUUCACGCGACUCGUGCAGGUAGGACUGCCGAACAUGCUGCGCGGCGAGCUGUGGGAGGUCGCGAGUGGCUCCAUUUUCCAGCGCCUGGCGCACCGCGGCGAGUAUGCGGCGAUUCUCAAGGAGCACGAGGGUCAGACCAAUGCCAGUAUGGAAGAAAUCGAGAAAGAUUUGAAUCGCUCGUUGCCCGAAUAUGCCGCGUACCAAACCGACGAGGGCAUCGCCACACUGCGCCGCGUUUUGGUCGCCUACAGCUGGAAGAAUCGCGAACUGGGCUACUGCCAGGCCAUGAACAUUGUCGUGGCUGCGCUGCUGAUUUACAUGUCGGAGGAGCAAUGCUUUUGGAUGCUCGAUACACUGUGUGAACGCCUCCUACCUGGAUACUAUACACAGAGCAUGUCCGGCACACUCCUCGAUCAAAAGGUAUUUGAGCACCUUGUUUGGCAAACCAUGCCCAUCCUGCAUGAGCACUUUAUGCGGCACGAUAUGCAGCUGAGUAUAGUCACUCUGCCAUGGCUCCUGUCUCUGUACAUCAACAGCAUGCCGAUGGUCUUUGCUUUCCGCAUCAUCGACUGCUUCAUGGCGUUUGGCUCGCAGGUGCUCUUCCAGAUCGGGCUGGCGAUUCUCAAGAUCAAUGGAGAGGCCAUCCUUCGCAUCACGGACGAUGGUACGAUGAUUGGUCUGCUCCGCACCUACUUCCGCACGCUCGGAGACAGUGCGUAUCCCGAAAGCCCCGACGAGCGCCGCCGCCAAAUCACGCGCUUCCAGCAAUUGCUCGUCAUAGCGUUCCGCGAGUUUGGUGUCAUUACGAACGAGCUCGUCGAACAGCAGCGCAAGCAAUUCCGACAGCAAAUUGUACAGGAAAUCGAAGGGUUCGCGCGCCGCAGCGCGAUUCGCAACCUGCAAGACUACGGACACUUCACGAAGGCGCAAGUGUCCCUGAUCUACGAUCACAUUGUCGAGUCGAUUUAUCGCGCGCGCAACGCACCUGUAUCUUUAACGGGAGGCGAGAAGCCGCUAUCGAUUCAGGAUCCCAAGCAAGACAUGAAAGAAAUGCGCAUCAACUUCACCACGUUCCGCCUCUUUUUGAGUGAAAUGGCGACGUGGGCCCGCGAUGAGUACAUUGUGACGAAUGGGCUUCAGGAGCGCAUUGAGCGGCGUGUGCCUGAUGAGAAAUUCGCACGGCGCAUCUUUACCUACUGGGACCGUGAUCACAGCAACUCGCUGUCCCUCCAAAAUAUCGUCACAGGUCUCGACGAAAUCAUGUUUUUGGACGGCGACUUGGCCGGCACGACCGAAUGGUUUUUCCGCUUGCAUGCCAACGGCAAGGACAAGCUGUCCAAGAACGAUGUCCUCGCGCUGUCUGAGUCUCUCUUGUUCCUGUUCCGCAACGAGCCGGGUGACGAGCAUCUCAGCUCCAUCUCCACCAUGAUCUCCCAGGCUUUUGAGUUAAGUGCCGACCCGACCCGACCUACGUAG